AUGCCUAGGGCUGCGGCCGCAUCUGAUAGCGACAGCGAGAGAGCCACGAAGUCCAACAGAAAGAGCGUCAGUGCCACGAAAGCAUUUAGGACGAAGAAGCCGGAGGAAGAUGUUGAGGUGAACGAGGGGUCUGAAGGUGAGGAGGAAGGAGAAGAAGAGGAAUAUGAGAUUGAGAAAAUCUUGGAUGCAAAGCUUGGGACUUUCGAUGGUGGCAGGAUGGGCUAUCUCGUGAAAUGGAAGGGGUAUAGUGAGGAGAAUAAUAGCUGGGUUGACGAGAAGGAUGCAGAGAACGCCCAAGUUCUCAUUGACGACUACUGGAGGAACCACAAACAAAAGAAGUUCGCGCGAAAGUCAGCUGGGACAGCUAGCAAGGCAUCCACGGCCAAACCCCGCAAGUCGUCGACUCUUAGAGAAGAAAGCUCAGAGGUUGAGGAUACACGACCAAAGAAGCGUGGAAGGCCAUCCAAGGCCAAGCCUAUGGAAAAGGAAGAAGACCAAGAUGAAGAUGUCGAGAAGCAGGUACCUAAAAGGGCCAGGAAGAGUACAGGUAACAAGUCCGCCAAGGCUGCUUCCCCCAUGGACUUGGAUGAGGAUGAGGAUGUCCCCGUAUUCCGUGACAUGAAGACCUGGAAGAAUUCCGCCACCUGGGAGCACAUUGUUGAUUCCAUCGACACUGUUGAGCGCGAUGCUGAGGGCCAGCUCCUAGUUUACUUCACUUUAAAGAAUAACCAAGGUCGUGCGAGGGAAAGCUCCACCUUAUGCAAGGAGAAAAUGCCACGAAAGUUACUUGACUUUUACGAGAGAAACCUCCGUUGGAGGACGAGCGACGAGAUGGAGUAAACUCGUGUCAUGGCUCGAAAUUUUCGCUCUUCGCAUUACCAAUGCGUUGCUAACCUUGCCCCGCUCUGCGACAUUUUCUUAUAACUGUUCAUGUAUGGAGUACGAAUUGCGUUUUGCCUGGGUUUUAUUCU